UGCUAGAAAAAAACGUUAGUCAAAGUUCGUGAUUUGAAGUCAAAUAUGAGCUUAAUGGCGACAACUGCACAGGUGUCUACCGGAAAAUAUACCCUAAUCCGCCGACCCAUCUCUCCUAUGUUGAAUCCGUCGCUAACUACCAACAGAAUCUUAUUGGGUGGUCGACGCGCCACCACUACUCUCCGAGUUGACUCUCCGCCGCCGUCAUUAUCAAUGCUCGUUAAAGCUUACAUCACUACUCACCAGCCUACUUCUUUCUCUUCUUCUUCAGGGGAUGGUGUUGAAAAUUUGGUAAUCAUAGGUUCAGGACCUGCUGGUUACACGGCAGCGAUCUACGCAGGUCGUGCAAAUUUAAAGCCAGUGGUGUUUGAAGGAUAUCAGGCAGGUGGUGUUCCUGGUGGACAAUUGAUGACUACUACAGAAGUAGAGAAUUUUCCAGGAUUUCCAGAUGGAAUCACUGGUCCAGACUUGAUGGAUAAAAUGCGGAGUCAAGCUGAGCAUUGGGGAGCAGAGCUUUAUCAAGAAGAUGUAGAAUUUGUUGAUGUGAAUACUAGUCCUUUUACUGUACAAAGUAGCGACCGUAAGGUAAAGUGUAAUAGUAUUAUAGUGGCUACAGGAGCGACUGCUAAACGACUCAAAUUACCUCGUGAAGACGAGUUCUGGAGUAGGGGAAUUAGUGCAUGUGCAAUAUGUGAUGGAGCAUCACCACUUUUUAAGGGUCAAGUCCUUGCUGUUGUUGGUGGAGGUGACACAGCCACCGAAGAAGCAAUAUAUUUGACUAAAUAUGCACGCCAUGUACAUUUACUUGUACGCAGAGAUCAAUUAAGGGCAUCAAGAGCUAUGCAAGAUAGAGUUUUUGAUAAUCCAAAUAUCACGGUACACUACAACACAGAGACGGUUGAUGUUGUGAGCAAUACAAAAGGGCAGAUGUCUGGUAUCUUGAUCAGAAAACUUGAUACAGGAGAGGAAUCAGUACUGGAGGCUAAAGGACUAUUUUAUGGAAUUGGUCAUUCUCCUAACAGCCAAUUGCUUGGGGGCCAAGUUGAUCUUGAUGACACGGGGUAUAUUUUGGUUGAGGACAGAACCGCAAAGACUUCCAUUCGAGGAGUUUUCGCUGCUGGAGAUGUUCAGGACCAUGAAUGGAGGCAAGCCAUUACUGCAGCUGGAUCAGGAUGCAUUGCUGCUCUCUCAGCGGAGAGAUAUCUUGCCAGCAAUAAUCUUCUUGUUGAAUUUCAUCAGCCCCAUCCUGAAGAAGUUAAGAGUGAACUUACACAAAGAGAUGAAAAGGAAGGAUUUGAUAUUACAAUUACCAAACACAAGGGUCAGUAUGCAGUGCGUAAGUUGUACCAUGAAAGUCCUAGGCUCAUUUGUGUGUUAUACACGGCACCAUCAUGUGGUCCAUGUAGGACCUUGAAGCCCAUUCUCAGUAAGGUGAUAGAUGAAUUUGACCAGAAUGUCCACUAUGUUGAGAUCGAUAUAGAAGAAGAUGCAGAAAUUGCCGAGGCAGCAAAUAUCAUGGGUACACCAUGUGUCCAAUUCUUUAAGCAUAAAGAAAUGAUCAGAAGUGUAUCAGGGGUCAAAAUGAAGAAAGAGUACAGAGAAUUUAUUGCUGCAAACAAGUAACCCUUGCAUGAAAUUACAGUUUGCUUCUAUGCUGAAUUUCAAGACCACUUAGAAUUCUUUGUUCCAGUUUUUCAAAUGAUUAAAUUUUUUGGAAUAGUUGUUUUGAUGAAUACCUGAGUAUUGAGAGAGAUGACAAAUGCUUGGACAUUUUAAGUUCUUGUGGAAAUUUGUUGUGAACUAACAAAAUAUGAUAGUAUGAAAAUACUUGAACUUGGAUCUCCUA